AUGCCGAACCACUACAUGGCCGACGAGAAGCCUGAGGCUGCGCCGUAUGGCUACGAAGAGAAUCAGGUUGGCUUCGAGGAGCCUUUUGUCCAUGGCGCUGCUACUGUCGGCGGCGAGACUGGACGAGGAGGAGACACACAUCGUGGUUUGAAGAGUCGACACAUCCAGUUCCUUGCGCUUGGUGGUGCUAUCGGAACCGGCCUCUUCAUCGGAUCUGGAUCUAUUCUUGCCCUCGUCGGCCCUGCUCCGUUGUUCAUGGCCUACCUCAGUAUGAUGCUUGUCGUCUACAAUGUGAUGAAUAACUUGGCCGAAAUCGUUACUUACCUUCCCAUGCGCGGAAUCACCAUCCCUUACUUCAUCAAGCGAUUUGUAGACCCCAGCUUAGCCUUUGCUGCCGGAUGGAAUUACUGGUACGCAUACGCGAUUCUCGUCGCUGCCGAAGCCACGGCUGGAGCCAUUCUUCUGGACUAUUGGGAGACGCCUGUUCACAGCGCCGUCUGGAUCACCAUCUUCCUCAUAGUCGUUUUGUUCCUUAACAUCGUCGCAGUCGAAGUUUUCGGAGAAGCAGAAUUCUGGUUUGCCUCGAUCAAGUUCUUGACCAUCAUCGGACUAGUCAUCCUAGGUUUCGUUAUCAUGCUUGGUGGAAGUCCCAAUGAUCAGGGCCGACUCGGAUUUCGAUACUGGAACAACCCAGGCGCAUUCAAACCGUACAUAGUGGAGGGGAACUCCGGGCGUUUCUUGGCCUACUGGACUGCUUUUGUCCGUGCUGGUUUCGCCUUCAUCACCUCACCUGAACUAAUCGCGCUUGCUGCUGGCGAGACCAUCGCUCCCCGCCGCAACAUCCCCAAGGCUGCGGGUCGCUUCAUUUACCGUCUAGCCAUCUUCUACGGUUUGGGCAGCUUCAUCAUCGGAGUUAUCGUUCCAUCUGACGAUGACCGUCUCCUCAGUGGUAGCUCCAACGCUUCUGCCUCUCCCUUCGUCAUUGGUAUCCAACGUGCUGGUAUCCAGGGACUGAACCACGUCGUCAACGCAGCCGUCUUGACAUCUGCCUGGUCUGCCGGAAACGCUUUCUUGUACUCCGGAUCUCGUGUUCUUUACGGUAUGGCUCUUAACGGAGAAGCGCCUAAGAUCUUUGGCAAAACCAGCAAAAAGGGUGUACCAUACGUGGCUGUCCUCGCUACCUGGGCUAUCGGUCUUCUCGCUUACCUGAAUGUCUCAAAUACCGGCGCCCAGGUCUUCUUGUGGUUCUCCAACAUCUCUACCAUCUCCGGAUUUAUUGCCUGGAUUGUGGUUAUGAUCACCUACAUCCGCUUCCGCAAGGCCAUGAUUUUCAACAACUUGCUUGAGUCACUCCCUUACCGCACACCGUUCCAGCCAUACCUUACAUACUUUGUCCUCGGCGUAGUGUCGCUCCUGACCCUCACCAACGGUUUCCAAGUCUUUGUGCCAUCCAAAUGGUCCGUAUCCGAUUUCCUGGCCGCCUACAUCACCAUUCCGAUUUUCAUCGUGCUUUACGCCGGCCACAAGAUCUACUUCAGGACGGCGUUUGCGAUUAAGAUUGAGAACAUUGAUGUUACAACUGGUGUGCGGGAGAUGAACGAGCUGUGCAAGGACGAUAUCUCUGGUGCGCCUGUGCCGAAGAACGUUAUGCAAAAGAUUUGGUACUGGAUUGCAUAG